GGCGCAGUGACACUCCGAGGCGCAGCGGAAUGCGGGGGCUGAUUGGCGUCAGGAGCUGCUGUCGCCGCUACCUUUCUCCUCGUUGUCCUUCUCCUCCUUCUGUCUCAAUAGCUUUUUGACCGCUGAGUCUCCGACCAGGAAAGGCGCGAUGUACGGCUUCGUCAACCACGCCUUGGAGCUGCUAGUGAUUCGGAACUACGGCCCUGAAGUCUGGGAGGAUAUCAAACGAGAAGCCCAGUUGGACGAAGAAGGGCAAUUUCUAGUCAGAAUUAUUUAUGAUGACUCCAAAACAUAUGAUUUGGUUGCUGCAGCAACUAAAGUUCUCAACCUUAAUGCUGGAGAAAUCCUUCAGAUGUUUGGGAAAAUGUUUUUUGUGUUUUGCCAAGAAUCUGGCUAUGACACCAUCCUGCGGGUGUUGGGUUCAAAUGUCCGAGAAUUUUUGCAGAACCUUGAUGCUCUGCAUGACCAUCUGGCUACAAUAUACCCAGGCAUGCGUGCCCCUUCCUUUAGGUGCACUGAUGCAGAAAAGGGGAAGGGGCUCAUUCUGCAUUACUAUUCAGAGAGAGAAGGUCUCCAGGACAUCGUCAUCGGAAUCAUUAAAACCGUUGCUCAGCAAAUCCAUGGCACAGAAAUAGAUAUGAAGGUUAUUCAGCAGAGAAAUGAAGAGUGUGAUCAUAUUCAAUUUUUAAUUGAAGAGAAGGAGUCUAAGGAAGAGGAUUUUUAUGAAGAUUUGGACAGAUUUGAAGAGAAUGGUACCCAAGAGUCACGCAUUAGCCCUUAUACUUUUUGCAAGGCUUUCCCUUUUCAUAUUAUAUUUGACAGAGAUCUAGUUGUCACCCAGUGUGGCAAUGCAAUAUACAGAGUCCUUCCACAGCUCCAGCCAGGAUACUGCAAUCUCUUGUCAGUAUUUUCAUUGGUUCGGCCUCAUAUUGAUAUUAGUUUCCAUGGAAUCCUUUCACACAUCAACACCGUUUUUGUGUUGAGGAGCAAGGAAGGGCUCUUGGAUGUGGAAAAGUUGGAAUGUGAAGAUGAAUUAACUGGCACAGAGAUCAGUUGCUUACGGCUGAAGGGUCAAAUGAUCUACUUACCUGAAGCAGAUAGUAUCCUCUUCCUUUGUUCUCCCAGUGUGAUGAAUUUAGAUGAUUUAACCAGAAGAGGGCUGUACUUGAGUGACAUCCCUCUUCAUGAUGCCACCCGUGAUUUGGUCCUUUUGGGGGAGCAGUUUAGAGAGGAAUACAAGCUAACACAAGAAUUGGAGAUACUAACAGAUAGGCUUCAGCACACGUUAAGGGCACUGGAAGAUGAAAAGAAGAAAACAGACACAUUGUUGUAUUCUGUGCUUCCUCCAUCUGUUGCCAAUGAGCUGAGACACAAGCGUCCCAUCCCAGCAAAGCGUUACGAUAAUGUGACCAUACUAUUCAGCGGCAUCGUUGGAUUUAAUGCCUUCUGCAGUAAACAUGCCUCUGGAGAGGGAGCCAUGAAAAUUGUCAAUCUUCUAAAUGAUCUUUACACAAGAUUUGAUAUUCUGACUGAUUCACGCCGAAAUCCCUUUGUUUACAAGGUUGAAACAGUUGGAGACAAAUAUAUGACCGUCAGUGGCUUGCCGGAGCCAUGCAUUCACCAUGCACGCUCUAUCUGCCAUUUAGCACUGGAUAUGAUGGAAAUAGCUGGACAGGUUCAAGUUGAUGGAGAAUCUGUACAGAUAACAAUAGGUAUUCAUACAGGAGAAGUAGUCACAGGUGUCAUUGGCCAAAGGAUGCCCCGUUAUUGUCUGUUUGGAAACACCGUUAAUCUAACAAGCAGAACAGAAACCACAGGAGAGAAAGGGAAGAUCAAUGUCUCCGAAUACACAUACAGAUGUUUAAUGGCUCCAGAAAAUUCAGACCCACAAUUUCACCUGGAACACAGAGGCCCUGUUUCCAUGAAGGGUAAAAAAGAACCAAUGCAAGUUUGGUUUUUGUCCAGAAAGUGCACAGAGACGGAGGAAGUAACACACGAUGCUAACUGAGCCGGGUGAAACACAAGAGGACAAAGAACAGAAUUGAACACUGUGUCCUGCCACUAAUAUAGUCUGGUAGUAAUUAGAUGUGACUGCUGUUGCUCCAUUUUGUGCCUCUUCCAUUGCUCAUGUGAUCAGUGCUGAACACUAACAUUUUCAUUAGCCUUCCCCAAGCUACUUUGCUGCUUUCUGUUCACAUUUGGCUUUUGAUAUUGUAGUAUCUCUGCUGUGGGUAUGCAUUGCCCAAGAUCCUGUGUCUCUGUUUCCCUAUCUAACCUAAUAAUGAACUUUAAGCCAUGUGUGCUGUAGCUAACCAUGAGAAAGAUGGUGCUUCACACAUAUGCUUUUCAUCUUCAUCUGACUAACCUCCAUGAGCUUUACCAUGGUGUGACUCACAGCAGUUUCUGUGAAGAAAUAAAUUCUAAUUGAUAGCAAUCAUGAUCUCAGAGAACUGAAAUUUUUAUAACCAUGAUUUGGUAUUUUGCUGUAAAGCUUAUUAUAGUCAUCCAUCUGCUUCCCUUGAGUCUGCCAUUGUGAAAUAUUGCCAUUGUCAGUUGCUCUUUUGCUAUGUAGUGAUUCUUGCCUGAUGCAACAUACACAUUUCCCACUUGGAAAAAAAGGGUAGGUUGUUUAAUGUAAAGUUAUUGAGAGAUGUGUGCCAAAUUCCACUCUAAAUCUAAUCACAUUAUUUCCUGUUUAUUUUACUUAUUUGUAGUGGAAAAGAUUAUUAAUGCAUAGUAUGUUGCUGGACAACUUUUUGUAUUGGGGUAAUACAUUUUCCCUGUUUGUGCACAUAUAUGUAUACACGUAUUGUGAUCAAAACAAAAAUUUGGGUGCCCAUCCAGGAAUGUCAGAAUAAUCAGAGAUUUUUGGACCUCUAAACAAGAGUUUUUCUGAAAUUGAGACAUCAGGGAAGAUUGACAGAUAAGAUUUCCCAGUGCCCUGUGGAAUUGGCAACAUCCAGAGUGGAAUUGACAACAUCUGCGCCCUUUUUGAUAUUUAGAAGAACUCUUUCUGUACUAAGAUAACAUGAUUGGGUAGGAGGGAGCAAAAGAGUUUACCACCAUAAAAAGAAGCUUGAUUGUCCAAAUUCAUCAUAUGAUCAUACAUGUAGAUAGACCUCUGUAAAUGUAACUGCCAUGUAAGCAACACUUGCAUUUUUAUGAACUCCUCAUAUUCUAUCCUGAGUUCUAGAUGUGCCCGAACUCACAAGUUUGGUUUAGAUAUAUUGUAGGAAUAAUACAUUUGUUAUGAAUUUCUUUUUUAAAGCGUGUCUUUAUAAAAUGCAAAUCUGUACAUAAAUGUAUAUAUACAUAAAUAUAAUUGUUAUGUAUAAAAUAUGUUGGUUAUUAGUUUAUAUGUAUACAUAGAUAUAUAUCAUCAAUACAUAAUAUAUGUAUAGAUGUUUUAUGUUAGUGUGAAAAGGGAAAGGUUUAAAUUAUGGAUUCUUCCCCCUUUACUGAUCUUUGGAAGGAUUAUUCUCCCAGUGAAAAAAUGUAUGUUAAUUUUGAAAAUGAUACAAUAAAUACAUGUUAUCCUUGCCCUAA